ACAAAUAAAAAAGGUUGAUUGAUAAUAUAAGAGAAUUCGAAACCUGGUAGAACCGGAAACUGAAAGUUGAGAUCUCACUGUGAUCAUUAGGAAAGCAAAAGGCUUAGAUCUACAACAACCCGAAAAAUUUUCCAGUAAUGCUGAAUUGUGGAACAAAGCUAUUAAAGGCAUGGCAUGUACCUCGAAAAUACCCGGUUGUAGUCCUACUUAUGUUUCUGGUAUCAGUCUCAAUAGCAUUGGUAUUGCUUUUCCAGAAAAAUGAUGCAAAACCAUGGAAUAGGUUUGAGUCUUUGGUGCAAUUUGAUCCGAGGCGAGAGUUCAGGAACGGUACGGAUUUGAUAUGGCAAAUUCCCGAUUCGCCCAAGGCUGUUAUUUUUCUAGCUCAUGGAUGUAGUCUUAGAGCUGUUGAUUUUUGGGAUAGGUCUAGUAAAUGCCCCGAAUGUGUUGGUUUGCCGGAGGAUAGGCUGCUCGUGCUUCAUGCUCUUGCCCGUAAGUUCGCCGUCUUGACUGUAUCGAGUGCAGGGAAGUGCUGGACGUUUGAGAAGGAAAGGUUGAUUGUUGAAGAUAUUAUAACAUGGUGGGUUAAGAGACACAAUCUUGGAAAGCUUCCUCUUGUGGCUUUGGGAGCUUCUUCGGGUGGGUAUUUCGUGUCAGUGAUCGCUAAUAACUUGAAGUUUAAUAGCAUUACACUUAUGAUUGCCGAAGGAUUAUUUGAUCAAAUGAACAUCAAAGAGGAUUAUCCACCGGCCCUUUUCGUGCACAUGCCGAAAGAUACAGGUAGAAAACAGAAAAUUACUAAGUUCAUGAGAGUUUUGCGAAAUAAAGGGGUUGAUGUUGCGGAGAUAGAAUGCAUGGAGUUGCCUCUGUCACCGACCUUUUUGUCCGACAGAAUCCCAAGUCUUGAUCAGAUUGUUUCUGUUAGAUUGUUCGAUUUAUUCAAGGAGAAAGGCUUUGUCAAUGAGAACGGGUAUAUGAAGCAGGACGGGCGUGCAACUCCUUGGGAAGAUGCUCUUCAGGAUAGUAAGAUUAACUUGCUGGAAAAAGAUUUGGUGCAUCCUGUUGAUGAAGAGCUAAAUCUUGCGUUUGCCUAUCAUGAAAUGACUAGUUUGCAAUCCGAUGAGAUUUUCAAAUGGUUCGAAUCUCAUAUGACGUGAGCAGUG